CGGUCGAGACUUUGAUGGCAUCUCGGUCCCUCGAUGAGUCUGAGUGCAAAGAGCAUUGGUGAGCAGUCCUUGUACGCAGGGUCAUGUCGACCUUUGGGCCACCACAGCUGUCACCGCCUUCGAGCCUCCCUACAUUGAGCAGCGAGACAAAAGGCAACCAUGCGCAGGCGGGUCACCUCACAGCCUCAAAGGCGCAGGCAGUCGUGACUGAGCCGGAUGAAGCCGCCCAUGCAAAACGAGUUUUUCAUUAUCAACGCGAAUCCAGCGAGGUUGAACUGUUUUACGACUUAUUCUUCGUCGGAACCAUUGCUACUGUCUCCAUACACAAUGAGAUUGUCAACGCGCAGACUUUCAAAGCCUAUCUGGGCUUCUUCACGCUGUUAUGGACCACCUGGCUCCACACCGUUCUGUACGAUGUUCGCUUCUCCAAGGACUCAUUGUUCCAUCAAGCGCACAAGAUUGUUUCUUGUGGAACAUUGCUCGCUCUCGGUGCCAGUGCUUCACUUUAUGAUACAGGGAACAUUGAAAGGACGAAGGCCGGAUUCAAGGCAAUGUCUUUAGUUCUUAUGACCUCCAGACUGGCGCUGGUCAUCCCGCAUAGCAUCGUUCUUUGGACUUCCCGGGGCUACAGGAAAGUUCGGUCUCCGUUGAUCCUCAUGUUGGCCACCUACCUGCUUACCGCAGCCGGUUAUUUGGUAAUUGCCUUGAGAAUCGAACAUUACCCCGGAUGCUAUGUGUUUUGGUAUGUGAUUUGCGCUGUCGAGACCGCCUCCAUUAUCGCCGUAUCAUGUUACUGGACGCUUGUCAGCUUCAGACCAACACAUCUUGUCGAGAGGCUUGGUGAACUGACCCUUGUAAUCAUCGGCGAGGGUAUAUUGGUCCUCUCAAGACGGACGUACCAGUUAUUCGGGAUGCUCAACUCGCCAAGUGCGGAUGUGUAUAUCGCGACUAUCUGCGCCGUUCUUCUCACGUACCUGGUGUAUGCGCUCUACUUCAACCACAUCAACCAUGACGAGUUCGGUAGUAUCCGUCAACAAGUCUGGAUCCUUUUGCAUUAUCCACUUCACUUGGCCAUCCUUCUCACCCUGGACGGAGCGUCCUUUCUCAUCAUGUCCGGAACGCUUAGUAAGAUGACGGUCGCAUGGAUGGACGACUAUCCGCUCUAUAGUUUUGCAACCUGGGAUGAAUUCUUCAGAUCAUUUUCAACUACAUCCGCGGUUGUCUCAACACUGACAGCUCGUGUCGAUCGUCUGUGGACCCGGAUGUACAGGGAUCCGUUGGUCGCGUUGAGACUAUUCAAUUACACCGAGACCGUCACGAGCCUCGAACAUAUUCCGGCCCCAUUUAAUUCGAGCAAAUGGCAACACCAGGCCGUUGAAACCAUUGGUGAUCUCUGGACCGACGUCGAAGUCGCAAUCUACCAUGGGUUUGGUAUUGAACCAAACUUGCCAUUCGGACAAUUGCCGUCAGAAUACAAUGAAGCCAGUGCGGUCGAGGAUGUUGUCGGCACUGCUUUCCUGUACUUUUACUUCGCGGCUGGAAGUCUUUUGAUGGUCCUUGCGAUAAUGUGUUUCUUUGCGAAAAAGCAAUCGUUACAGGCAAUGUGGCUGCGCAUCAGCAUCAAGGUUGCAAUAGGGAUCUGUGUAAUUCUUCCCGUUAUAACACUUUGGCUGUCGACUCCAGCGAGCUGGACGUUCUUCCAGAGUCCGUGGACCAUAGCGACGACGAUGUUGGGAUACUUCUUGGUUGUGGUAGUGGAGAUGUUCAUCGACUGGCUUGAUCAACGCAAGCAGCGGCAGCCGCUGGGUUCGACUUCAGCCACGCUGCAUGUCCCAGCUCCAGGCUCUCCAGCUCUCUUUACCAGGCAGACACAAACUGUGGACCUCGAAAAUACGCGUUCUUCCCCUACGGAGACCAAAUCUCCUACUUUACGCGUAUCCAUCGAACGUUCGGUGGGUGGACAAGUGGAAGAGACACAGCGGACAUGAGAUGAAAAGGGAGGAAAGUACUGAGAUGGCACAACACAUCUACCAACAAAUAGCAGAAACGAAAGAAGCCGCUGGCGAUUAUCUUACAAAAGCUGCACAUGCUGCUCAACUGAAUUGUGGAACUCGGUGCUGGAAGUCCUCAUACACUUCUUCCCUCGGGCAAAUCUCAUCUCAAGUGCACACUACGAUUAACAGAAUGUUCACCAGCAUACUAGGAUACAUCAGCGUAUGAUGACUCCAACGUGCUGAAGGUUGUAGAGGUUGGCGGACGGCCACCGUCGCGAUACUGACAUUAAUCUUACAUCGCCAUGUAGGUCGUGGCGCAACUGAGAGCGACUGCGCUGCAUCCACAGACAUAGUGAGUCGAACACAUCUACAAUCCACCACCCUCAAGAGCAAGGGCGUGGAAAGCUGUCAAAGUCCAGGAGGUGGGUAGCAUGUCAUGAUUCUGUUGUUGCUUGGAAUUGGAGAUCGUGUACCUGCAUACCUACGUGUAUAUAUGUAUCAUACUAUUCCAUCG